AUGGCCGAGCGGAGCCGUUCCAGCGGGUCGUCCAAAGAGGAUUAUGGUCCAGGCUGGACACAGCUCACUGACCAUGGCAAGAUCUACUUGAGCAAGAAGGAGAAGAACGUCUUCAUUCUGGAAGGCACCAAAUCCUCGGGCUUCUCCGGCUGUUGCUACGGUGGCAGCCCGGAGGAGCGACGCCUGCUGGCGGAAGGUGUCUAUGCACUGAGCGCGGAGCUGAAGUGCAUGCCACAAGAGCAGACCCCAGAUCAACAGAUCUUCCUCUUGCUCGACUGCAACAAGGUCACAGACCUCUCCUCGGGCUGUGACUUCCUGGCCUUGCGCAUGAACUUUGACACCCGCGAGCUUCGGGUGGAGAGUCAGAAGCGGCACAAGCAGACGGUGACGCACUUCGCGCAACCCAACUGUAGCAUACUGAGACCUCAGAGUUACCUUACAGUGCAGGCAGAGUUCAGUGGGGAGACCAUGAGCUUGACGGUGAGUGGCAUCUCGAUGGUGAAGAAUUUGCGGGUUGACCGCGGGUCAAAUGCAGGAGAGAGCAGCGUUGGGUUGGCCGUCUAUGGAAAGACUCGCUGCUACGUGAAGCGCUUUCGCCUGGUGCCUGGCACCACUCGGGACGAUGAAGAGACCUCUGCAAGCGCUGCCACAUCAUCUGCAAGAAAGGCACCAUCAGCAUAUGGGCCACUCAGCAUCAUGCCUGGAGCUGGUUCUGCUGUGAAUGAAGAAAUAGACCUUGCUAUGUCGAUCGAGCGAGAUAUCGUUUGCCAAGAUUUGAAGGUCCGCUUCGAGGACAUCGGUGGCCUGGAGGAUGCCAAACGGGCCAUCAACGAGGCCGUGAUUUUGCCCCUGCUGAUGCCGGAAUUCUUUGUGGGACUGCGAAAGCCUUGGAAAGGAGUGCUGCUCUUUGGCCCCCCCGGCACUGGAAAGACCAUGCUGGCAAAGGCCGUGGCGUCCUGCACGGAGAACAUCACCUUCUUCAACUGCAGCUCUGCCACCCUGACCUCCAAGUGGCGGGGCGAAUCCGAGAAGCUCCUCCGGGCGCUCUUCCAGACGGACGCCCGACCCCGACCCCGACCCCGGUCCGGGACCGGACGUGGCACACGUGGGAGCGGACGUGGCAGAGUCGUGCGGCCAAGAGAGAGGGUGUCCAAUAGGUCUUUUUUGUUUUUCAAUUUGUUGUUCCGAAACGCUUGUCAUAUGUGGUUUCUUUUUUUUGGAUACUUUUGUGUUUUUUUUUUCCAGACUCUUCUGCCCAGCACUCUCCAACAGGCAGUCUGGGGACCUGCUAUCUCCACCCAGGGGGUCCGGAGAGGGACCUGGACCCAGAGGGGUUCUGUGCCGCAUGGGGCUUAG